CAGACACACAAUCCGGAACUUGACUUUUUCUGAGAAAGAGGCCGGAAGAGAGAGAGAGAGAGAGAGAGAGAGAGAGGGAGAGAGAGAGAGGGAGAGAGAAACUCUAAACUUGAAACUUGUGGAAAGUGCAUAGAUUUUAAAAAUCGAGGGAGUUAGUUUUUAAAAAUCGAGGAGACGUUACAUUCUUUUAUCGGCCCGCGUUCGUGGAUCUUUUAGUGUUUUUAGUUGAACAGAAAAUGAGGCUUUUUGAAGCACGGGUUUGGAUUUAAACAGGAAACCAGCCGCGCUGGAACAGUGAUUGACAGCGAGAGACCCCGCCCCCUCCCCUCACCCCCUCCCCUAGCAACAUGGACAGUGAAGAUGAGGCUCGCGCCAAUCCAGCAAUGAACAUCAUUGGAGCUGAAGAUGAAUACUUUGAGAAUGACAUCGACCCGUCAGUGGAUGACCAGUGCAGUCACUUCCAGAGCAUCGAGCUGCUGAAGGAGAGACCCACACAUCUACUGGUGUUCCUGCAGCAUGUCAUCCUGCAGUUCGACUGCGCGCCGCUGCUCUGCUACCUCCACGCAGAUCUCUUUAGGAAUCUCAGCAACAAGGAAGCCAGGAAACACUUUGUGGAUUUCUACCAUAACUUCCUCGACAAGGGAGCCGUUUUAAGAGUCCAGAUCCCUCACAAUGUCGCAUUUGAACUGGAUCGUACUCGUCCCGAGUUGUUCUCGGAGGAGCAGCAGAAGAAGUUUGUGCGAGAGGUUCAGACGCUGCAGGCUCAGGAGCUGCUGGUGCAGCUGGAUGACUUCAGACAGAAGAGGAUGAUGGGAAUGACUCCCUGUGAGCUGGAGCUGUCGGAGUUGGAGUCCAUCCGGUCAUGUGACCGCGCCACGCAGGAGGCCAGAGAGCGUGCCAUCGCCGAGCAGCUGCUGGAGAAACUGGGAGAGAUCCAACCCUCGAUCAGUAAUGAUGAAGACAAGGGAAAAAUCCAAAGCUCUAACUCAUCGAUGUUCAGCGCUGUGGUUUCCUACAUGAAACACCUGGGAGUGAAGAGCAAGUCCACAGACAGCAAGAAAUCAAGAGGCUUCUUCCGGAAGAAGAUCCCUGGGAUGAAGAAGUUCGACGAUCAUUCCAAAGGGAGCAACAAGCGCUUUCCCAGCCUCCUGGCUGACACGGCGCGCUGGAUAGGGGGCAGCAAUGUUGAAAACAGAGCUUGUAAAGUAGAGACUGAAGGUGAAAAGGACCGACCGAACUCCGAGCGCAAGAACUCUGCCGGGCUACCCGCCAAACAGGACAGCAGCCAGAGAGGCGGGGGCAAGCCCGUGGGGGGGGCGGAGACUGCUGAGGUGUCGACUGUGACGAUCAGCAUCACCUCCAGUGGAGACAGCAACCAGGGGGACACAGCUCAGGGAAGUGUUCGCCCCGAUGGUUCGGGAGACCCCUCUGACCAGGGGGGGAAAGGAGGAGCUGUCUGGGACCCCCCCACCCCUAACGAGACCCCCCCGGAGGAGGGGGUGCUGGAGAGCGAGAGACACGGUGUGCGUCUGGGUCGCUCAGAGAGCCUGUGUGCGCCGGAGCGCCGGCGUUCUCAGAAGGGAUCCUCCCAGAAGGGCAAGCAGCCGAGAUCCCGGAGCGACGUGGACCUGCAGGCAGCCAGCAAAGCCAACAGCCUCCAGAGAGCUGGCAGCACCUCGCAGCCAGCCACCCCCGAGCCGGGGGGGGGUGAGCCCCCGCAGCCCUUUCUGCUUGCCCAGUCUGAGGAGGCUGAGCCGCGUGUUUCGGAGCUGGACCUCGACCCGCCUAACUGGCGCGAGCAGGCCCCCCCCGAGCACCUCCUCGGACUGAAGAAAACAGAGGUCAAGCGGCAGGAGGUCAUCAACGAGCUGUUCAUCACGGAGCACGCUCAUGUUCGCAUGCUCAAUGUCUUGCACACCGUGUUCUACGUGCCGCUGGAGAGAGAGAAGAUCAUGAGCCUGGAUGAGCUGGCAGCCAUCUUCCCAGGGCUGGAAGACAUCAUCGAAGUGCACAACUCGUUCUACGAAAGCUUGAAGAAGCUGAGGCAGGAGAGCAAUUACAUUGUGAUGCACAUCGGAGACACUCUGCUCAGCAGGUUCGAUGGCUCGGAGGGAGAGUGGUUUCAGAAGCUCUCCUCGCGGUUCUCCAGUCACCAGUCCUACGCUCUCGACAACAUCAAAGCCCGGCAGAAGAAAGACUCCAAGUUCAACAGCUUCAUUCUGGAGGCCGAGAGCAAUGCUCAGUGUCGCCGCUUGCAGCUCAAAGACAUCAUCCCCAUCGAGAUGCAGAGACUGACCAAGUACCCUCUGCUGCUGGAAAACAUUGCCAAGUGCACAGACGAGCCACAGGAGAAGUCGAAGAUCCAGCAGGCUGCGGAGUGCUGCCGCAAGAUCCUGAAUCGUGUGAACCAGACUGUGAGAGAGAUGGAGAACCUGCUGCGUCUGAAUGAUUACCAGCGCCGUCUGGACCUGUCAAAUCUCAAGCAGAGCAACGACCCGCUGCUGGCAGAGUUCAAGAACGUGGACCUGACGCAAAGACACAUGAUCCAUGAGGGGGCGCUCACCUGGAGAGUCACCAAGGAAAAGUCAGUUGACGUGCAGGUCCUGCUGCUCACUGAUAUCCUGGUCUUGCUGCAGAAGCAGGAUGAUAAGAUGGUUCUGAAGUGCCAGAGUAAGAGUGGCUCAGUGGCGCAGGACGGGAAGCAGGUGCUGAGCCCCAUCAUCAAGCUGAACUCGGUGUUCUGCCGCGAGGUCGCCACGGAUCGCAAGGCGUUCUAUGUGAUCUUCACCUGGGAUUGUGGAGCUCAGAUCUAUGAGCUGGUGGCACAGACGGUGUCGGAGCGCAAGAACUGGGGGGAGCUCAUUAAGAAUACAGUGGAGGAUUUGAAGAGGUCUGGACUGAGCGUCCCUCAAGACAAGAAAGUGCCCAGGCCAGUGGUCCUGCCCACCAGCCCCUCAUACACCAGCCCUCGCUCUCCCCUCAGCCUCUCGGAGAAUGGGGGCUCCGUCAAAGACCCCGAGGGACCCCUACAUCAUUCAGACAAGGAGAAGGACUCUCUCUCUGAGAAGGCGGGGAAUGCAGCCCAUUUGCUGGUGGAUUUCCUCACAGCCAAUGGCAUCGACCCGUACGGCAUGAGCCACGCCCCCCAGGAGAAGGUGGCCAAUGAGGCGCUGCAGGAAGUGCUCUUGUUGAAGAGGAUGCUGGUGGGCAGCAUCUGCCUCUCUGAGGAAGUGGUGCUCCCCCCAGAGGGUACCCAGCAUGCACCCAGCCCGGAGGAUGAAGGGAGCGAGGGGAGGGGUGAAGAGGAGGAGCCUGUAGAGAAUGGGAGGAGAGAGGAGGAGCGUGGGAGCAGUCAGUCAGCAGGGGGAGCCCCAGCCGACAGUGAGCCCGGUGGAGGGGAAGGGGAGGAGUCUAUCAGCACCCCUCUCAUCCUGUCACAUGACCAGGCGCAGGAAGUUGGGCGGCGCAUGGAGAGUCUGGAGCGGCAGAUCCAACAGCUCAAGAUUAUUGAGGAGGAGUAUCACAGAUUGCAGGACGGUCUCUCCAAGUUCGCCAUGUCCCAGCACAGCUACUGAGGAGCAAGAACCAGGGAGAGGUUGAAGAGAGAGAGGCAUGGGUGAUUGAUUAGCAGUGCCUGGACGCACACACUGAGCUUCCCCAGCCCCCUCACACUCAAUCCGUUUCUCUGUGCUCAACUCUGCUGCCUUGAAUUGAAGUGCUGCCUUGGUGUCUGAUGGUCGCAAACAGCGAGAGAAGAAAGACAAAGAGAGGAGAGGAAGAGAGAGAACGAGUGAGAGAGCGACAGAAAGGAGAGGGAGAACGAGAGAGAAUGAUUUUAAUGAGGAAGGAGAAAGGAGCUGGAGAGAAGGGAUUUUAAAGCAAUUAAAGAGAAAAUGCGUGCUUGAAUGUGGGUGUGUGAGGGACUUGUGCGUCUGUGUGAGUGUGCAAAUCACAUGUUUGCAAACACUGAGUUUGGACACUGUGUGCGUGUGUGAAUUUCUUCCACUUGUUUAUAACCUGUGUGUGUGUGUGUGUGUGUGUGUGAGAGAGAGAGAGAGACAGGGCGGGAGAUUUCAAAGCCAAAGUUUCACCUGUUACAACGAAGGGAAGGGAUUUUGUUUUCUGAAAAGGGAAAACCAGAUUUGAGGCCAAAAAAAAUGAGCUUGCACAAAACCCCUCCCCUUUCCAUUAUAACCCCUCCCAUCUCCAGUAUAACCCCACCCCUUCCCGUUAUAGCCCCUCCCAUUUCCAAUAUAACCCCUCCCCUUCCCGUUAUAGCCCCGCCCCAUUCCAUUAUAAUACCCUCCCCUUUCCAUUAUAACUCCUCCCCUUUCCACUAUACCCCCCUCCCAUUUCCUAUAACCUUCUUGUCGUAGCCCCUCCUCAUUCCAUUCUAAUACCCUCCCCUUCGCAUUAUAACCCCCCUUCCCAUUCCUAAACUAAAGAAUCCCCUGGUUAUGUAAAUACAGUAUUUUUGCUGAAACUCAUUUUCCCUCGAGACGUUUAUUAUCACAAGCUCCACCCCUUCUCAGUUAGCCCCUCCCUCCCCUGUCUCUGGACUCUAGACUAUGCAACGUGUGACGAUUCCAAACCAUUGUGCCUUAACUGUUAACUGUUAGAUUUAGAAUAAACUCGUUCCUUGCUGUCUCCUCCAGCUUGUGUUAUCCCGAGAAAAACAAGAUCCACAAACGCUGGUCUGCUUGACUCAGUUUAGUUUCAAUCACACUGAUGAAGGCACUAGAGCCCAAACGCUGGUCUGCUUGACUCGGUCUCAUCUAGUUUCAAUCACACUGAUGAAGGCACUGGAGCCCAAACGCUGGUCUGCUUGACUCGGUCUCUUCUAGUUUCAGUCACACUGAUGAAGGCACUAGAGCCCAAACGCUGGUCUGCUUGACUCGGUCUCUUCUAGUUUCAAUCACACUGAUGAAGGCACUAGAGCCCAAACGCUGGUCUGCUUGACUCGGUCUCUUCUAGUGUCAAUCACACUGAUGAAGGCACUAGAGCCCAAACGCUGGUCUGCUUGACUCAGUUUAGUUUCAAUAACGCUGAUGAAGGCGCUGGUUGAAGCAUUCACCUUCUGGCCAAACACCCUUGCUAAUGAAAACCCUUUUAAUUACACACUUUGAAAGAUCUUUUAUAUUCCAAAAAAGGGAAACUGUAAAAAAAAACAAAAACAACACAGAGCACAGGAAGGAAGGAAGGAAGGAGAUUCUAAAUAAACGAGAUGGGACGGUCUGUUCUGAUUUGAGUUUUUCUCUGGUUCAUUCAUUAUUUCUUUAGCUGUUUUUCCUGCGAUUGCCGUUUCUGUUCUCGUCGGUUUUAAGGGUGGAAUUAGCACAGAAGGUUGAGAGGAAGUGAGUGAGAAAGAGGCUGCAGAAUGUCUAGGAGGAAAGUCUGUUAUUGUCCUGUCAGACAUGCUGGAUAUAUAGAGAACUGGGUUGACUUUUGUAUUUGAAUUUAUUUUUGAUGUACCUUCUUUGUUACUGUAUUGAAGUGCCUGCGCAGUGUUGGGGGGGGGUGUGUGAGGAGGGGGAAGGGGGUCCAUACAUUUCCCAAAGUCCAGCACUUUCUCACACACACACACACAUUUUUUUCUCCACUUUGUCACUUUCUACUUUUUUGACAUUUCCAUAAUCUUAUUCCCCUCCUCUCCUCGUUUUCUCUCGCUCUCUCUCUCAAAUUAAAAAGUCAUUCAUUUAUUGUGAAGUCACAAGUAUUGCCAAAAUGAAUGCCUCCCCCCUUCUCUCUCUCUCUCUCUCUCUCUCUCUCGCCUUUCUGUCUCAGAAUUCAAAACGCAUGACGAGUCACACACGUACUGAAUUGCCAAAAUAAAAAAAUAAAAAAAUGUGUAAUAACACAGCAGAUUUAUUUAGAGGCCUCUAUUGUGCUGUUCCAAUAAGGAGGGCAUAGACUGCAAUAGAAUGAACGGUCUUCUCUGUGUCACGCACGCACACGCACACGCACACGCACACACUUUCUUCCAGCGCCUAUCCUCAGCAGUUGCCUGCUUUUGGGCUCUGAUCUUUUCCCCCUUCACAUCCCCAAACCCACUCACCUCUCUGCAGUGGCAACUCCAGAUAUUUCAAAUAGAAAAAAAUAUAUAUAUAUUAUUCAUAGUGCUUCUGAAGCCUUUUAUUGGUUCUGUUUUAGUUUUAAGAUACGGGUGGUGUUGUUAUUAUAAUUAUUAUUAUUAUAGCUGUGUAUUAUGAUUAUUGCUUUAGCAAGAAAACAUAGUGGGACCAAAGAGAAUUACAUUACGCCAAAACUGUGGAGUUCUGUUCGCAGAUCACUUCGAUUUGUAUUUUAAUUGUCUUUUAUUUUGUAUGAAAGGGCAGGCAGUUUAUUUAUUUGUAUUCGUUGUAUUUAUUAUUUUUAAAAGCAGGAUAGAUUCACUAGAAGCGAAGUUUGUUGUUCGACCCACACGCAUCUCCUUUAGGAAUUAUUCCUUUCAUUCCCAAUCGAGCAUUUCAAAAAGAAAAACGGAGGCAAAUUAUUACCCGAGUUCAACAGUUUCAUUUCAAGCACGCUCUGUCGUACUUUUAGAGGGAGAGGGAGGAGGAAGAGAGAGAGAGGGAGGAGAGGGGGGAGGAGAGGGAGGAGGAGGAGAGGGAGAGGAGGAGGAGGAGGAGAGGGAGAGGAGGAGGAGGAGGAGGAGGAGAGGGAGAGGAGGAGAGGAGGAGGAGGAGGAGAGGGAGGAGGAGGAGGAGGAGAGAGGGAGGAGGAGGGAGGAGAGGGAGAGGAGGAGGAGGAGGAGUGUGAGGCUUCCAUUUCGGGCAGUUUAAUUUUAAAACCAAAGUCCAUUACAAGUGUUUAUUUGAAAGACUUUUUCAGUUUUUCUUUAGAACGUGACAAAAUCUUUACGAAUUCUGACGGAACUGCAUUUUUUUUUGCGAACAGAACUCAUUAUUAUUAUUAUUAUUAUUAUUAUUAUUAUUAUUAUUAUUAUUAUUACUGUAAUACGUGUAUUGAUGACAGUUUUAUAAUCCGCUCACCACACGGUUAAGCUUCAACGAUGUAUGUAUUAUUUUUUUGGGUAGGAACGCGCGCACCGUCAUCUAUAUACAGAGACUAGAAAAUAGCUGCCUUAUUGUUGAGUUAUUGUUGCUGUUUUUUUCUGUUUUAAUGCCAAUUAUGGAUUAUCUCUUUUUUAUAUAAAGAAAAAAAAUAAUGAAUCCUGUUUUUGCUCUGUCCCUGUUUGCUAUUGAACGGAAUUGUACUGUGUAUUUUGCUAUGACGGAUAUGUAAAUGCAAUUUAUAAAAAAUAUAUGGAAAAAAAAUCUGAAAAAAAGAGGAACCAGGUACGCUGUAAUCGUGUUUUUAAAAAAAAAAUUAAAAAAUGUAUAAAGAAAAUAUGUGU